AUGAACCCUUCUAGCGACCAGGCUAUUGUGAAGAAUGCUGACAUGAGCGAAGAUAUGCAACAGGACGCCAUACAGGCUGGCAAGGAGGCUCUCAAACAGUACAACAUUGAGAAGGACAUUGCUGCCUACAUUAAGAAGAAAUUUGACAAAGAUCAUGGGCCAACCUGGCACUGCAUUGUUGGCCGCAACUUCGGCAGCUACGUAACACAUGAGACCAAGCAAUUCAUCUACUUCUACAUGGGCCAGGUCGCUAUCCUCCUCUUCAAAUCCGGCUAG